GUGCGGGGACCCCCCCGGGGGUCUGGGGCCAGCUUCCCUCGGCUGGUUUCUCCUCCUGGGCCGCUCUCUGGCGGUCCCCGGGCCCCUCGAGGGCCGCAGGGGGCCGAACGCUGGCCCAGAAUCGGCCGCUCCGGUUUUUGUUCGGGGCCUCGGAGCUCUGGGGCCGCCGCUCGUCGAGGACGACGUCCAGCAGAGCAGCGCAUCCGAGGCGCCGCAGGACGACCUCCAGCAGAGCAGCCCGCAGAGCAGCACGUCCGAGGUCCCGCUGGACUGUGCCGCGGAGGGCUCCGAGCAGGACGUGCUGCUCUAGGCUUCGAGGAGCCCCACGCCGCAGUGGGCGCGCUGAGCCUGGCGGGCUGCACGCCCCUUUCGACGCCGCGCCGGUGGGGCGGCCAGACUCCUUGACCGAGCCGCAGAACUGCUCGCGCAGACCGUGCCGCGCGCGCGCGACC